AUGCCUUGUCGAAAACGUGUACCCGAAUCUGGUCUGUAUAACGAAGAUGGAUUCUUAUUCCAUCACGUCAGCGUCAGACCUUUAACGCGUAAUGAAAUCGAGCGUCUUCGAGAACAUGUACUUAUUUGUGUUAUUGGUAUCCCAUAUCAACCAAGGACACGUUUUACACCUGCUGAAGACAAACAGAUUCGGAAGAACUGGAGAAGAUUUGCUGCUAAAAAUGAUCUCGAGUACGAUAUGGCACCUUAUUAUGCUGGCGUUCCAGGAUGCAAGGCAGUUAUUUUCACUCCGAUUUCCUAUCAUCAGUAAUGUUCCGGGAUUAUCAAGAACGUCUGGAGUUCAAUCGAACUACUUUACUUUGGCCAAGCUUAUGUGAGUUUAGUUAUUACGCCUCUUGCGGUCAUUUCAGCUGCUGUUGAAGAAUUUGGCAGCUGUCUCAACUUGCCACAUCGUAGUGCUUCACAAGUUCGACGACGAAUCGGAGUACUUUUUGAUGCCUCUAUUCUGAGUGGUCAUGCUGACAUCUCGUAUUCAAAAAAGUUCGGACAUAUUUAA